AUAAAUAUGAUAGAUCAUUUCAUAUACAUUGGACCUUGAUUGGCAGGUGUGGUUUUCCAAUCGAAGAGCCAAAUGGAGGCGCGAGGAUAAGCUUCGAAACCAGAGGCGGUCUGGAGGCGGGACUUCCUGUGCUCAAACACACGCUUCACUGAGCACAUCCUUUAACUCAGCUGUCUAUCAUCAUCCGCAUGGCAACAGUGCAGCAUCCAUGUUCAGUCAGAGUGACACGGCUCUCCCCAGUUACAACACUCUGUCAGUCUACUCUGGGGUUCAGUCGGCUCCUUCUCCAUCUGCCUCCUCAUACUCGUGCAUGCUGCCUCCAUCCCCGUCUGCCCCUCACUCUUUUGAGACGUCAUACUCUUCUCCCCAUCUACCACCUCCUCCUUCAGCUAACACCAGCACAGGUUUGAUUUCUCCAGGCAUUUCUGUACCUGUCCAGGUACCAGGAAAUGAUCAAAAUAUGGGGCAGUAUUGGGCCAGACUGCAGUGAAAAGAAAAGGCGAGGUAGAAUUUGCAUUAGAAUACUAAAUAUGUAUGUUUACAAAAGGUCAAAAACAAAAUGUUCUAAAUGCUGAGGGAAAUAAUCCUCUGAUGGUUAAACCUAAAGAACAAAAUUCCUUAAUUUGACAUGCACAUUUAUUUUAGCCAUAUUUUUAGAUCUGAUGACAGUGUGCUGCAUUUGCUUCCAUUCAAUUUCAGACAAACAGGAAUGUAUAUGAUUUACAUGAUGAAGCAUUGUGCAAUGACAUUCGUGCUGUUUGUUAGCAAAUGUCUCUUGCUGUAAGUUCCUGGUAGCAACUUUGCAGAAUUGCGGAUCAUAUUAUGAUGUUUUAAUAACAUAACUGUGGUUUCAACUUCUUUAAUGAUAAUUCCUCAUUUCUCCACUGCAAUUUUCCCUUUAAAGUCAUUUAUUUGUUGUUAUCAUUUUCAUAAUCAGAUCUGUGAUAUAUCACUUUUUAUGAAAUGUUUUUGACCUUAUCCUUUCACAAACCUCAGUAACCUUGUGACAAUCAAGGCAAAUGCCAAGUUCAAUCAGAGAAGGGACUGAAAGCCAGUUAUAUUUGCACUUAAUCAAUGACCAGUGAACAGCUGUUUGAUUUAAAAAGCAGAAAGUGACUAUCACAUCAGUGAAUACUAUAUGCAAAAAUCUCCAGCAUAUCUCAUCUGGCAAGCCAAAGUAUUUAUAUUGAACAUAGUGUCAUACAGUAUAUAUUUAUGACUCUGAGAAAAUGUUUGAAUAUUAGGAAACUAUCUCUGUGCUUAAACUACAGUUUAUGGAUUUUUUAUGCUCUUUCUCUCUUUGUGUGUGUGUGUGGAGGAGAGAGAGAAAUAAGGAUUUACAAUGAAAUUGCUUCUUUUUCAUUCUUUUAAAAUUAACAACACACUUUUUGAUUCAAAUGUUAUCAGCACAACAUGAAAAGCUGAACUGAAAAAUUAACUAAUUUCAGACUGUUCAGAAUCUCGCUUUUUAUUUAAUG